AUGUUUGAAGCGAUUAUAGCCUCCUUGUUAAAGGGUUAUGUUGCUCGUUAUGUUGAUAUAAAUGCUGAUCAGUUAUCUGUUCAAUUACUUUAUGGUCGACCGAUUGUAGUAGAAAAUUUAACAUUUAAUAAAAGCGCGUUGAAUAACGAUCUUCGGACAAAAUUAAAAUUACCAAUUGAAAUUGAAUCAUUACAUGUCGGUAAGAUUCAAUGUUCGUUCGUUUGGAGUUCGUUAUUUUUUCGUUCGUCGUCAUCGGCAUUUAUCAUCAAAGUUGAACAUGUUCGUGCUGUGAUUAAACCGAUUGUUCUCGAUGAUAAUAACGAGAAUGAUUCGGAGGAAUCAGUGGAAGAAGAUGAAAUGAUUAAGAAACAAACACGUUUAGACUUAGCCGAACAACAAUUAGAAAAAGAAUUCGAAUUUCUCGGAGAAGUCAAAUCAUCAUCUUGGGGUUUGAAGCGUUUGAUCUUAUCAUUUCUAGAAAAAAUUCAAGUACAAAUUAUUGAUGUUCAUAUCAGUUAUGAAAGUUUUACUUCUGAUAAUAUACCCUAUACAGUUGGAUUAGCUUUUGAUAAUAUUCAAAUUUCGAAUGAACUGUCCAAUGAAAAUAUGAACCGAAAACUUUUUCAAGUACAUAAUCUCGGACUUUAUGCGGACUCUAAUCCAUCCAAAGAUAACUCCUCUUCACAUUCGUAUAUACUUCUACCAUCAAAUUCUAUAAAAAUCUAUUUAACUCAUAAUUAUCUUCGCUCAGCACUCGUCAACCGCCGCCAACCACGUUAUGAACUUGAAUGGACAUUCGACGAUUUAAGCUUGAAGUCCAGCAUUGAACAUAUACGAAUCCUUUCGGACGUUACUCGUUUCGUUCAAUAUUCCAAUACUCAUCGUAAGUUUAUCAAUGAUCUAAGUCGUCCAACUGUGAAAAUAUCCAAACAAUCGGCCAGAUCAUGGUGGAGAUACAUUACGUUAGUUAUCAUUCGUACACAGAAUUAUUUGAAAACUCCUGUUUCAAGUGAACAAACGCAUACGACGACUAAUUUUUGGUUUAAUUCACAUAUUUUAAUAAAACGUUUGCAACAAUUAGUCACAUAUAAACGCUUAUAUCGUUUGUAUCUUGAUAAUAAAUAUGUAAAACGACCGACGAAUACUAAUUUCACACCCGCUGACCGUUCCGUGAUGAGUGAGAUUGAAAUGGACUUUGAUCUCGAUUGUUUACUUCGUGUUCGACGUGUAAUCUUUCGUAAACGUGCAAAUGAACAAUUCGAUUUAGUUCAGACUCAAACUCAACCGACCAGUUCGUGGUAUAUGAGUUAUGCCAAGUGGAUUAGUUCAAAAACAGUGGAUCUAUGGAAAACAUCUACACCAAAUGAUGUGAAUCAAGCGACUAUUUUCAAUAUGCCACCUGGAGUACCUUUGAAUGAAAACGAUCAGAAAUUACAAGAGCAAGUAAGCAAUUUUAUUGCACAAUCAUUAGAAGAUGAAGAUCUGUCCAAGCAUCGUCGUGAUGCUUUGUAUCUACGAUUGAAAUUUGUGUUAAAAUCAGUACAAAUUGAUUUAUUAACUGACAAUGAUGUCAUGUUCAAUUUUUCAUUGAAUAAUGUUUCAGUACUAACAGAAUUACGGCCACGACAUCAAUCGAUUUUGUUCUAUUUACGUUUGGAUGAUUUGAAUAUCUGUGAUCGUUUAAGAACCGAUGCUUUUUCCAAUAUCAUCUGUCCAAAACAACGUUCACAUGAAUCAUCAGUUGGUACACAACGCGCUCCCGUAUUUGAAUUAUCUUAUGAAACUCGUCCUCCUGCACAACAACCGAAAGCCAAACGCUUGGCUUUUGCUAUUGCUGUUCGCAGUCGUGGCCUCUGCUGUGUAUGUUGUCCUAUGUCUGUCGAACGCCUACGCAAUUUCUUUUCAUCUGCAUUUGUACAACCAUCGGCUGAACCAUUAUCACCAUCGCCGUCGAUUCUUCAACACUGGACACAUUUGAAAGAACGUACAACCAAACAGUUGAAAUCCGCUUUCGAACAAAUCUUUUCUACUACAACCACUAAAAUGACAUCGUCGAAUGUCAAACAUAUCAAACAAGGCCAGCGUCGGUAUAAGAAGAAAUUCGAUAUUUAUCUCGAUAUAUGUGCACCACAAAUGAUCAUUCCGCAAUCGUCGGACCGUGCCCUGAUUGUCGAUUUCGGUUAUUUAACAUUUAUUAAUGAUGAAUAUCAAAAAUACGCAUGUCCAUUGAAGAAUUGUGAUAUGCAUUACACGAGUUCGGUAUCUCCGACGUCUCCAACAUCGAUUAGUAAUUAUUUUCAACAACGUCCUUAUUUUUUCAACGAACAACGUUCAUCACCUGUUCCAUCGACAAUAAAUGAAGAUGAAGACGAGGAAUUUCUCACACCCGAUAGUUCUCCAUUGGCAACCGAUGGUAUGCUCGAACAUGAGACAACAAAUUAUCUGGUGAAUAUCAUUCCACGAGAACAAAGUCUAUCUCCGAUAAAUGAUCCUCAAGAUUCCAUGUAUUCAACAUUUUCAUUGUCACUAUGCGAUAUGCAACUGGGUUAUUUGACUUACACAAAAAAUCAAGAGAAAAAUAAACUUUCAUCGAUCAUUGAGCAGUUCGGUGUUUGCUUUUUGAUUCAGUAUCGAACAAUUCCAAUGUUGGACCCUCUAUGGCCAUUGAUUAAAGUUUCGGGAACAUUACCAAAGAUUAUUAUUCAUCUUGAUCCAUCGCGAAUGGAAACUUUAUGUGGAACAAUUAAAAAUUGGGGAUCAUUCGUUGAAAACUUAACAUCAUCGAUUGUUUCUAAAUCAGAUAUCCCAAAUCCAAAGAAACCCAUGGAGGAUCUCAACGCACGUUUAGCAUUGAGUUUUCGUCUAAAUGAAAUCAGCAUUCGAUUAAGUGAUGACCCUCGUGCACUUUCCGAAAUGCGUAUACAAAACAUCGAUAUCACAUUGGUUAAUCACGUCUAUUCUAACGCGUUAUCGUUCAGUGUUCAUACGUUGAUGAUUAUCGAUGCUCUACAGAAGCAUGGUAAAGACUAUGAAUUACUACUGACUAGUAGUCGCGCACUGGAUAUCAACACUCAAACGGGAACUUUAUAUGAAUUGAACAAUUAUGAAACACAAAUCACUGAUGAAUAUUUGAUCCGAGUGAAUAUCCAAUCAUCGACUGAUGUUCAAACUGAUGAAGAUUGUUUAAUCAUAGACAUUCACGUGAAUAAAUUACAUUUUGUAUUUAAUCCGGAGACAUUAGCGAUCUUGAUAAACUUUUUCGUUAAUAUGACUUAUCGGAUGAAAACUAUCCUUGGACAAGACUUUCGACAGUCCAAUGAAAUUGUUCUCAGUCCUCAAAAGAAGAAAACAACAAGAUUCCAAAUCAAUGGCGAGUUUCAAGAAUUAAGUAUCUUAUUCACGAAUGUGGUCACACUCAAAUCAACGGGAAAACGCUUUCAUGGAACGAAAUUAGAAAAAAUCGCAGCAGCACGAAUGAAACAGGCGUCAUUGAAUAUCAUUCUUGAACCGUCAACAUUAGUCGAAGCACAAAUCUGUGCACUACAAAUAUUUGAUCUCUUCAGUCAUGUACAAUCAAGUGCGAUUAUUGAUUUUGGUAUUGACGAGAAGAAAUCCUCGCAUUCAGAGAAAGUUCAAGCAAACAAAGCGUUUCAUCUUGUUUAUAUGAAUAAACAGAAUCGAGUAGAAGAUUUGUCGAUCGAAAUGGCAUCGGUUUGUUAUACACAUUCACCAAAGAUUCUCUAUAAAAUCGAAACUAUGAUGAAUUACAUGAGACAACAUUGUCACUCGAAAAUCGCGAUUGAAAUGGAAAAAAUGAAACAAAAUAUGAUCAAACAGGGCUCCGCAUUACUUAACCAAUAUGUUCUUCCGAACGAAUCGGUGCUACCGACUGAAGAACCAACUCGACAAUUGAAUCUAAGUUUUGUUCUCGCUACUCCUAUUCUUAUCUUUCGUCCACAAUCGAAAAUGGCAUCGAUAAACGAUCGUUUAGUUUUUCAUCUCGGAGAUAUUCACGUAGAAAACUCGGAAAUUCAUUCGUCAAUGUAUGAUAUUAAAAUCAAUCAUCUAACCUUAUUCACCAUUGAUCUCGAACGUGAACUACGGUAUAAUCAAAGCCAAAGUCUCACACGAAUGUACAAAGAGCCACACGAGCCUUUGCCAAUCCUCGAUAACAUUUCGAUACAUUUGGUUUUGAAGCUAACAGACACAUCAACAACGAUCGACUCUAAAUUAGUUUCUUCAGUUCAGAUGUUUCUCGGUAAACAUCAAAUAACUCUUCUGCAGAAUAUAAUUAGUUCACUAACAUAUAAUGAAUACGAUGAAAUGAUAACAGCGAUCACUGAUGUCACUGAAGAGGAUGAUUUGCUAUUAUUCGAUCAAGAAGGAGAAGAGGAAAUCGCAGCUCCACAGAACGAGAAAUCAAAUCAAACAACAUUCAAGACUUUUGCAAUUCAUUUUCAAUUACCAGAAUUGAUCCUUGCAUUUCAAGCUGAUUUAGAUUUGAAACCGACGAAAGUUUGCGAAGCGAUCUUUGGCCAGUUUCAAAUGUCUAUUGAUCAACAACAAGCAUUUCGUAAAACCAUUUCCUUACGUUUGAAUUCUUUACAUAUCAAUGACCAUCUAAUCAAAGUAGAUCAGUGUUUAUUUUCAACACGUUGUCGAAAAGAUUCCUCGUCAAAUUUCUACCAUCAAGAACAAAUUUUCUCUUCGUCCGUUCCAAUCGAGAAGUAUUCGACACACGAUGUUCAUCUUUCGAGUUCUGUACCAGCUUACGCAAUUCCAAAUGAAAGUUCAACAUGGACAUUGGCGUCAUCGCCGUCUAACCAAACUAUAUUACCACCUGCUCCAGCUUUUAUUGAUAUUAACAUAACAUUAAUGGAUAAAAGACACGAACAAUUCGACGGAUUUAAUAUCAUUGCCGAUGCACAGUUUGGAGAAGUUAAUCUUGAAUUUGUUAUUUCAACAUGGGUGAUGUUGUUGGAUAUCAUCGGUUUAAUUGGUGGAACACCGACAUCAGCAACAAUCGAUAAUCGAGAAAAUAAAGAAGCUGUAUCGAUAUCCGAUAGUGAUUCGAUGCAAAUUAAUAUUCACAUUGAUGCUGUGUCGUGUCUUCUGCAAGAUGAUCAUAUUCCGCCUAUUCGUGUUUUAUUACAGCGUCUUGAUUGUCAAAUUCAGAAUUUUUUGACAGUUGAAAAAGCAAUCAAAACAAUGAUUGUCAAUGGAAAACUUGGUUCGAUCUCGAUCUAUGAUUUGUCGUCAUUCGGACAACUCUACGAAGAACGUUUUUGCACCAGUGGAACUCAAGCAUUGGUCUUCACUUACACCAAGGAAGAAAACCUUAUUUCAGAGCCGUCAUCAAAUUUUCCAUCACGAUUACAAUUAUAUUUACGUUUGACUUCUGUUCAAUAUAUUCAUACACAACGCUUUCUUAUGGACAUUAUUCAUUUCUUUGAUCGGUUUCAACAUAAUCAAGAUUGUUAUAAUCGAAUCCGAUCAGCAGCUGCCGGGCAAACCAUUUCUUGCACUGCUGGUCGUUCGACUGGUAUUGAACUAGAUAUUGAAGCCGAAAGUCCAAUUCUCAUCCUUCCGGAAUAUGCUCUCAACACACCCGUAAUCGUUCUUCAUCUCGGAAACAUAAUUAUUAAAAAUCGUUUUCUACAUGAUAACGAACCUGGAACAUUGAGCUCAAUUAUGAAUAGACCGAAAGAUUCGAAAUGUUUGCUCGACGUCAUAUCCGUUCAAUUCCAAGAUACACUGCUCUAUUCUGCAACUUAUUGCAAAUUGAAUAGAAACAUUCAGCCGACUGUUUGCUUCUCGAACUUUGGUUUCUAUACCAAUCGUGAUGAUCUAUCUUCCAUGUUACGCGAACGUUGCUAUUUGAACAUCCAAGUAGAACGUAAUCUCGACAGUUCAUUGAAUCACGCAUCGGCAACAUACAGUGUCAAAGCUGAUCUUUCUUCGGUUGAUAUUCUGAUUGAUACAUAUCAAUACUCAUUAGUACGUGGUAUACUUGCUUACAAUAUCGGUGAACAAUUAGAACAGCCUACCCGACCGGCAAUGAUGGUCGAUGAUCCAUUAUGUGUGUCGACAAUUUUAACCGGUGAUGUUUAUCUCGACAUGAUAUUUAUAGUUCAAAUGGACAAUGUCGGUUUUGAGAUGUUGAUACCCAAUGAUUCGAAACGCUAUUCAUUAGGCUAUUGUGCGUUUAUCAAAUCGAACUUUUCCUUUGAAAAAUAUUCGAAUAACGACCAAGUUCUUGACUUAACAUGUUCAUCGAUAAAAUUAACGGAUACACGUCCAGAACACUCGAACCAAUUUCGUGAGAUUCUUAUUUCAUCGUCAUCCAUGGCAACAAGUACAAGUCAAAUGCAAUUAGAAGUGCAUUUACUAUCAAAGAAAACGGAUGAGAAGUACACAAUUGUAUUGAAUCAUACUCGAAUCGUUUUUAUUGUUGAUUGGCUGUUAAAACUAAAUGAUUUCCUCAAUUCAUUUCAACAAGUACCUAUGCAAAUCAACCCAGUCAUGUCAGUUGCUCCAAUUCAAAUUAAGAAAUUAUUCGAAUUACGAUUAAAUUUCAAUAAAUCUGAACUUGUUCUCGUUCAAACAACAAACAAUCUAGAAUCGAACGCAUUAGUUCUCAGUGGCAUCAUGAAUUUAACUUACCGAGAAGCCAUGCGUGAACAUCCAAUGGAGUGUAGUCUCUUCAGUGUCACUCUAUUUUCCUGUCAAAUGAAUAAUAUUCAAUCAACGGCUGUCUCAAUCAUCGAGCCGAUCAAUAUCACGUUUAAUAUUCAUCUAUCGAAAGAUAAACAACAGGAAAUAUUUGAGGUUAAUCUUCCUCAAUUGUUCAUACGUUUAUCCUAUUCAGAUAUGAAGUUAAUGCUAUAUAUGUUUCAAUCGAUUAAUAAACAGAUUCAUCAAGCACAAUCACGUGAUGUCAUACCGAAAUAUAAGAUAUCGCCGCCAACAAAACGCCUAUCGAUUGAUAAUGAACUUCUGAUGGAAUAUUGUCCAGAAGAUAGUCAAGUCGAUUUUCGUAUUCGAUCAGCCAUUGCAUCGAAUAUCGGUGAACAUCAACGACAACUGUCCAUUAUUGAAAACACAAAAGAAAAGACAUCGAAAUUAUUUCUAAAUAUUCAUUCCAUCAAAUUUGUUUGUGAACAAAUAGCUCUCUGUUUAAUCGAUGAUUGCCUAAAUGCAAAUAUUCCUUUAUUAAAUCUAACAUUUAAGACUAUUAAAUUCGUCAUGACUGAAUACGAAACAUAUCGUUUGCAUCAAGCAGAUUUAGAAAUGAAUAUUGAUUAUUACAAUCGUUUGUUGUCUGGUUACGAACCAUUCAUUGAGUUAUGGCAAUUACAAUUAACAUUGAAAACAUCGGAUAUUCGAACAUCAUUAGCGAUCUGUUCGAGCCAUUUAUUGAACAUCAAUUAUACCAAAACUAUGCAUCAAUUGUAUGAUCUAGUCAGAAAUAAUUGGCUAGAAGAUUAUUAUAAUUCAACUGAUACCAAUAAAGAGAAUAUGUGUUUUCGCCAACCGAAACCUUUCGAACCUUAUUGUUUUAAGAAUCUUGUCGGACAACCAGUCAGAUUUAAAACAUGGUUAUCAUCACAACAACGAUUUGAUCGGAAUGAACACGUUGUGGAAUACAAUGAAACCAAAUCAUUUAUUUUUCCUGUUGAACCAACGGUAUCAGCACCACCGCUACCGUCAACAGUUACAAGAUUUGCUCUAAAUAAGGAGCCUCAAACCCUAUCACCUUCAUCAUCGUACUCUGAUAGACGAUUGCUCAUAUGCGUAGAUGGUUGGGAAUGGUUACAGCCGAUAUUCAUCGAUCGUGUCGGAACCUUUUUUCGUCUUGCUGUGCCAUCGAGUGAUCGGCUACAAAAACCUGUUCUUGUGUUUAUUGAUGUUACAAUGACGGAGAAUUCAAUGCGUUUAAUAACAAUCCGAUCUGCUAUUGAAAUACGUAACCAAUUAUUAACACCGGUUGAUCUGCGAUUGAAAUGUGGUUCGGGAUCAUUGCAUGAUAUUCGAUUGGAACCAAAUGAAGUUCGAUCAUUGCCGUUGCAAUUUUGUUCGACGCUGAGACAGUUUCAAGUUCGACCAACAGAUUUUGGAUUUAAUUAUUGCGGAGAACCGAUUGACUGGAUGAAGAUUGCUAAUGAACAACGACGACGCGUACAACAACAGCAAUCGAAGGAAGAAAAUCCUGAUAACGAUUCAUCAGCGGAAACGAAUUCGUUACAACGUCAUCGUGACAUCAACUCUACUGAUCGUCUUUCAUUCUUUUGUACAUGCAAUAUGGUUGGCAAUGAAUCUGUUUACUACGUGUGCGUUCAAUCGAAACGAACUCGUCUAUUAGCCUACAAAGACCAUAUCCUAUCUGCAUAUCAAUUAUCAAUUCUUUCGCCACUAAUCAUUAACAAUUUACUUCCAUGUGAUUUAUUCUUUCAAUUAUACCCUUACCCACUUAAAGUCCGAUUGAAUCCAUACAAGUCUCAUCGUGAACAUACUCUGAACAUCGGUGAAGCAAUUAACAUAAUCUUCGCCACAGAUGUUUAUCAAAUGAGUAAGCCAAUACGCGUACCAUCGAUUAAUGAUCUGAAUCUGAUGAAAUAUCAUCGCCAACGGGUGGUAUUCUACGAUAGUAUCCAACGAAUUCUAUUAGUAGACGUGACGAUCGUUUGUUCGAUUCGACAUCGAUUGAAAAUAUCCGUUUCCGUACCGUAUGUUCUGCUUAAUAAAAGUGGUAUACCAUUAGUCUUCAAGCAAGAAGGUGCGACGAAUGAAGCAGCUGGUCAAACGCACGAGCAUGAAAUAGCUCGUAGUCGUGAGCCAUUAUUAUUUUCAUUUAGUGAUCAAGAUGCAUCUCAUGCAUGCAUGAUGAAAGUAGGAUCAGGUUUACAUAAAAAUGAUGAUGGUCAUCCAUUAUGGUCACAACGGUUUAAUUUAGAACGAGGUUCAAGUUAUCGUCAAUUAUAUGUUCGCUCUCCUCAUGGAUCCCCCGAUUGGAUUUAUUAUAUUGGUAUCGAUGUUCGUCAAGGUAAAGGACGCUUGCGUCGAACAAAUUUCAUCUUUCUCAGCACACGUUACAUGAUCAGCAAUCAAUGUUCUUACGAUCUAUCAAUCGCUCAACGACAUAUCGUUCGAGCCAUGUUGCAAACAGGUGAUCGUAGUGAUUUAGAACAGAAUUGUUUACACGUGUUGAAAGACUCGAAUGUGGCAUACCAUUGGCCAAGAAGUGAUCUCGAUCAAUUACUGUGCGUUCGCGUUAUUAACAAUCCUCAAUAUCGGCAUAUCUAUUGGUCGGGCGGUUUUCUAAUUGAUCAGGUCAAUGGAUUUCAUAUUAAUUUAAGAUAUGGAAAUAAUCAAUGUUUAAUCCUAAGAGUACAAGUGAUUGAACGUGGUGGUACAUUCUUUGUUGUCUUUAUGGAUUCGAAUCAAAUGCCAGCACCACUGCGUAUUGUAAAUCUUUCUGAUGUUCCUAUACAGUUUUAUCAAAGUGAAACACGAGAAGAUUUAACACAUCUACGGGCAUUUAUUCAACCGCAUCAAUCGAUUGAUUAUGCAUGGGAUGAGCCAACACUUCGCCAAACAGUCACAUGUUCUGUGGUUGGUGGUACAAAAGAAACUUAUGAUUUACAAAGAUUCUAUCAAGGAGAAAACUUGUGUUACGAAAAUUAUAUCUGUUUAGCACUUGAAGAAACCUUUCGUGACGAGCCAUCGAUACAAUAUCAAUCCAAACGUUCGCUACAAAAAUCGAGUUCAAUGAAUCAAGACAGUCCUUUCCAUUUAUCUAAUCGAAAACAACUAGUAAUUGAUCAUAUCCAUGGUCAGUUAGUACUCGCACGACGCGAAGAAAACAAACGGUCACAAUUAUGGCGUAUGACCAGCAGCGGUUUGUUGGUUCAUACGGGUUCAUCAUUACCACGUGAUUGGAGCAAUAAAAACGACACAUUAGAUGACAUUCGACAAGCAUUUGUACUCGAUAUCGAAGAACUGUCCACAAAUACGUCGAUGAAUGUUAAUUCUACAACACGUUUCACUCGUCUAGUUAUUCGUCGAUAUGAUCCAAAACGAACACUGACACAGACAUGGAGAUUUCUUGAAGAUGGCUAUUUAUGUAUGGGACAGACACAAAUGUGUGUACAAGUAGCUGGUGAAUUAAAAGAAAACGGUGUUGUCGUACUUGGACCACGUCAGUUUAAUAAAGGUGGAAGUAUAAUUUCACCCACACCUGCAAUGCACAUUCGUCCACAUCGACGUCUACAAGGUUCAGGUCUUCUAUCGGUACGAACAUAUGCUGAUGGGCCUACACGUGUUUUGGAAAUCGCAAAUGUUACCACAUCAAGUCCCGCGGAAACACCUAAAAGCGAAACUGUUGCGAUAUCGCCAAUGAUUAGUAACAAUACUCCAGCGAUGAUCUAUCGUAUUGAUCUUCGUCUUGAAGUAGGUAUUGGUAUAUCAGUGAUUAAUUCUAUGGGUCGUGAAUCGGAAGAACUUCUCUAUAUCAUAUUAAAUGAUAUCCAUCUUGAAUACAAGGACGAAAAUAAUGCACAAACGAUCGAUGCUACUAUUGGUACAAUUAUCAUCUCUAAUCAGUUAUUGAUGACAUCAACACCAUGCUUACUCUAUGCGACGUAUGAAGACGAUGUCUCGAUUCAUUCUGCUGUUCGUUUACAAGCAAGUUUACAAAAACCAAGUGCUAAUUAUAAACAACUAUACAUUUUCCAAAAUUUGUUAAUUACACUGAGUUCGAUCACCAUUCAGAUCGAUGAAACUUUAUUAUGGAAAUUAGUUGACUUCUUUAGUAUUGAUUUCUCCUCCUCAUCAUCAUCCAACAAAAAAUCCAACACAAAUGAUCAAAUCUAUGAUUUAGACGAAGGAGAAUACGAUACACAACGCCUCUUAUCGCUUUUAACAUCAACACAAGCAACACGGAUCUAUUUUAAUGAACUAUCGUUGUCACCAAUCUACCUUAACCUAAGUGUAUAUUGUGGAAAUUCUCGAUCGUUGCCAACUCAUUUACUAACCAUAAAACGACGUGCACCGUUUCCUUUAAUACGUUUCGAAAAUGCCCAAAUUCAUUUAAAACCCUAUGAAAAAGUGCACGUGUUCAAUACCUACGAUUUCUUUUUACUUGCACUCACUACGCAUUAUGUCGAUGAACUCAAACGACAAGCAUUUAAAAUUCUUGGCAGUGUCGAUUUUCUUGGAAAUCCGUUAGGUCUAUUCAAUGACGUUACAGAUGGCUUUGCUAGUCUUGUUGAUCAUGGUAGCGUAACAGGGUUAGUAAAGAAUGUAGCUCAUGGUGUAGCUGAUUCAACAUCAAAAUUUACUGGAACACUAUCUUAUGGAAUCGGUAAACUUGCUCUCGACGAAGAACAUGAUGAUAUGCGUGAAGCAAUUGCAAAUAAUUAUCGUGGAUCAUCGAUCAAUCAUGUCAUCGGUGGAACAGUAGGCUUAGCUGCUGGAUUUAUCGGUGGUCUUACUUCGAUCAUCACACAGCCAUAUAAAGGUGUGGUAGAAGAUGGUGUAGGUGGAUUAGUUAAAGGUUUUGCAAAAGGUAUUGUCGGAACAGUAAGCAAACCGGUGGUUGGAAUAUUGGAUUUUGCUAAUGGUUUAGCAUUAGCAGUAAAAGAAGGAUCACGUUCAUCAAAUUCAAUAUUAAGAAGUCGUAUGCGAACAACACGAUGUCCAACGAAUAUCUUUGGACUUCUUCAGCCAUAUUCAGAUUUUGAUUCUCGAGGGCAACUUUUGCUCUAUCAAAUGAAUAAAGGUGAUUUAACAGAACGAUACAUAACACGAUUGACACUUUCACAAACACCUGCUAAUUCUUCAUCGAAAAGAAAACUCGACAAUACAAGUAAUGACGAAUACGCAAUUGAUCGACGCAGUUGUUGCGUACAUGCAAUGAUUACAUCUCAACGUAUAAUUAUCUAUCGAACGGCUACUAAUCAAGAUGAAUCUGAAUAUGAAGUUAUACAUGACUUUGAUUUUAGUUCAAUUGCAAAUGUUGUUAUAAUAGAAGAUGAACAUCGUCGACCCUACGUGCAAUUCCUCCUUAAUAAUCAAUCACAUCGCUCCAUAAAACCAUCAGCGGUAACCGGUGGAAAUCAGUAUCAACAAACAGUAUUACGAUGUGAUUUACAUGAUCGUGCAUUACGAUUGAUUAGCGAUAUUCAACGAGCACGAGAGAUUUUCGAGGAAGAAAAAUUAACUUAUAUUCCACCAGACGGCGAACAAGAUGGCGAUGAUGAUGAUGACGAUGGUAAUGAUAUUUCAAGUGAACAACCAGUAGAUGAACCAGUGCAAAUGAGUUGA